AUACCUAAUUUUGAGAAAUUAGAAAUAAUUUAGGACGGGAUUGGAAAUUCGCAUGUCUACGCUACCCUGCGCACAACUCGUCUAAGAAGGGUUUUUUGUCACCCUUCCAUUCUCACUCACCCACGCAGUUCUCUCUUCUCUUCUCACUCGGCAGAAGAGAGAGAAAUAUCCAAUACCUACCCUACUUCCAAUCCAAUCUGUCUCUGCCAAUUUAUCCCUUUCUUUUCCCUUCUCUUCUAUUUCUCUUAUCUGUUUAUUCGUUGUGGUUCCGCGACGCUGAAUCUAUUACCCUCUGUUUAAUCGACGGCCAAGAUUGCAUCCUGAGUUAUGCAGAAAGGUGAUCAAACGGUGCUAAGCUUGAGGCCUGGUGGUGGUAGAGGAAGCAGGCUCCUCGGCCCUCGAUUUGACUCCUCUUCAUCCACCUCUUCUGCUUCUCCUGCUUUUGGCUCCUUUUCCGCUGAUCUCCCUCUUUUGCGCCCUCAUGGUGCUGCAUCCUCUCCAUUUUCUAUCAAGGCUGGAGAUUCGCGGUUUGAGGGUCGUGAACGUGUGCGAUAUACCAGAGAUCAACUUUUACAGCUUAGAGAGGCUGCUGAGAUCCUUGAUGAUGUUUUAAAGAUCAAACAAGAUAUUGAAGCUGAACUUUUUGGUGAAGAUCAAAGUUGGGGCCGCUCAGAAAACAUUCCCCCACAACAAUUUCAAAAUCGAUAUACUGAGCCAGAUAACCGUGACUGGCGUGGCCGAUCUGGGCAACUUCCCGCUAAUGCAGAUGAGAGGUCUUGGGACUAUCUCAAGGAGAGUAGGGAGUUUGGCAAUACUAAUCAGGCUAAUCGUCAAGACCAAUUGAAUUCUCAGUUUGCAAGGGCACAAAUCUCUUCUAACCAAGGGGGGGGACCUACUUCUCUAGUCAAGGCUGAGGUGCCAUGGUCAGCCAGAAGGGGAAGUCUCUCUGAAAAGGAUCGUGUCUGGAAGACUGUUAAAGGAAUACUGAAUAAAUUGACUCCUGAGAAAUUUGAUCUCCUGAAGGGUCAGUUGAUUGAUGCUGGCAUUACAUCAGCUGACAUAUUGAAGGGAGUCAUUUCACUGAUAUUUGAUAAGGCAGUGUUAGAGCCAACGUUUUGCCCCAUGUAUGCCCAGUUGUGUUCUGAUCUUAAUGAAAAGCUGCCUCCAUUCCCUUCUGAGGUACCUGGUGGGAAAGAAGUCACUUUUAAGCGAGUACUCUUGAAUAUCUGCCAGGAGGCUUUUGAAGGUGCAGAUAAACUGAGGGAAGAGGUGAGACAGAUGACUGCUCCUGAGCAGGAGAUGGAGCGACGGGACAAGGAAAGACUUGUCAAGCUUCGUACCCUUGGAAACAUCCGGUUAAUCGGUGAGCUGUUGAAGCAAAAAAUGGUUCCUGAAAAGAUUGUUCAUCACAUUGUUCAGGAGCUUUUAGGAUCUCCUGACAGCAGGGUCUGCCCGGCUGAGGAAAAUGUUGAAGCCAUAUGUCAAUUUUUUAACACUAUUGGUAAGCAGCUGGAUGAAAGCCCAAAAUCACGGCGUAUAAAUGAUAUGUACUUUAGUCGGUUGAAAGAAUUGAGCACCAACCCCCAACUUGCACCACGGCUGAGGUUUAUGGUUCGUGAUGUUCUAGAUUUGCGUAAUAAUAACUGGAUUCCAAGACGUGAAGAGGUGAAAGCCAAAACCAUCACUGAAAUUCAUUCAGAGGCAGAAAAAAAUCUUGGACUGCGUCCUGGUGCCACUGCAAGUAUAAGAAAUAACCGUGGUGCAGUUUCUGGAGUUCAAGGAAAUACCAACCCUGGAGGCUUCCCCCUUGCCAGACCUGGUACAGGGGGUUUGAUGCCUGGGAUGCCAGGGACCAGGAGGAUGCCUGGGAUGCCUGGAAUUGAUAAUGACAACUGGGAGAUGCCUAGGACAAGAUCAAUGCCAAGAGGAGACAUGUCAGGCACGCAAACAGGGGGACGUGGCCAGUCUCCUUUCCUUUCCAAGUCAUCAACUGUGAACACAAAGUUACUACCUCAAGGUAGUGGUGGUCUUAUAAGUGGGAGAAAUAGUGCCCUCGUGCAUGGAGGUGGUGCUCCUGCUCCUCGUCCGUCAAACUUUAGUUUUGGUACUGAACCUGCUCCUCAAAUUGCUUCACCUGUUAAAGCUGUUUCUGCCAUAUCCUCUGAGAAGCCACAAGCUCCAGCUGCCAAAUUGAACACUGCUGAUCUUCAUCGUAAAGCUGUUUCUCUUCUGGAAGAGUAUUUCAGUGUUAGGCUUUUGGAUGAGGCAUUACAGUGUGUGGAGGAACUAAAAUCUCCGGCUUAUUACCCUGAGCUUGUCAAGGAAGCCAUUUCCCUUGCUCUAGACAAAAGUCCACCAUGCGUUGAACCUGUUGCCAAUCUUUUUGAGUAUCUGUUCAUGAAGAAAAUUCUUUCAGCUAGAGACAUAGGAACCGGGUGUAUGUUAUUUAGUUCUCUGCUGGAUGAUAUUGGCAUAGAUUUACCUAAAGCACCAAAUAAUUUUGGUGAGAUAAUAGGGAAAUUAAUUUUGGCUGGGGGUUUGGAUUUUAAGGUGGUGAGAGAAAUACUGAAGAAGGUGGACGAUGAUCGGUUCCAGAAAGCAAUAUUUUCCUCUGCCCUGCAGGUAAUUAGUUCUGCAUCUGGACAAGCUGUGUUGGAUUCACAAGCAUCUGAUAUUGAGGCCUGCCAGAGCCUGUUCAAGUGAAUCAGACGACUUUGCACGAGAAUACUGAUCUCUGUAACUGGAUGAACCUCUCUGCCUUGUUUCACUACUUUCAAAUUCCCUUCUCUUUACGCUCGCACUUUAUAGAGCAUUUUGUAAUACAGUAUGUUAUAAAAGUGGAGCUUCCAGUAUCAGGUAUUUCCAUCGAGUUGUAUAAUUUUUUUCUGAUGUCGUAGAGGUGUUUAUUGAGGGAAAAGUCAAACCAUAAAGCUACGGAUUUUGUUUUCCACUUGGCUAAUCAUGUGCCAAGAGAGUGGCCCAUCCACCAAGGGGUCCAAAUGUUUUUGUAUUUCAUUAGUUUCAUUUUUUUCCUUAAUUUUCUUGACAGUAAUUGUUAAACUGGUCAGUUCAUAAAUAUCAUUGUCGUUAUUUCCACUAAUUUUUCU